CUCCGGGUGGGAUUGUGACAUGGGCGGGGGCGCAGGUCGUGGCCCCGCGGGCCCAGCUCAGCGGCGGGCGGCCAUGGAGCCGCAGGAGCAGUCGGGGCGGGCGGACGCCGCCGAGCCCGGGGCGAGCCCGGACGGGGAGUUCCAGGCCGUGGUGCAGCGGACGCAGGUGCUGCUGCUGGCCGGGGAGACGUGGGAGCCGGACCGCGCCCAGGCCGCGCUCAGCUCCUUCGCCCACGAGGUGCUGCCCGUGGCCCGCCGGCCGCCCAGCCCCGCGCCGCCCAGCGCGCCCCCGGCCGGGCAGCUCAUCUUCUUCCUGUGCCGCGCCCCGUCGCUGCGGGGCCGGGCCGAGCGGCUGCGGGAGGUGCUGCGGGGCGUGCGGGAGCAGAGCCGCGGCGCGCCCGCCGCCCUGCUGGGGGUGAUCGUGCAGCCCCGGCCCGAGGAGGAGGCGGAGGCCCGCCGCCGCCUGGAGGAGCUGCUCCUCGAGGUCUUCCAGCCGCCGGGGCCGGGCGCCGCGCCGCGGGUCGAGGUGCACACGGCCGUGUUCCGCCCCGGCCGGCCCGAGGGGGCCCUGGAGGUGAAGAAAGCCGCUUGCGAGGCCGUGCGGGAAGAGCCAGAAGACGCUGUUUGGGUUUCACGAGCCACCCUCUUCAAAGUCCUGGGGGCGCUCUGUGUGGCGUGCGCUGGUAUUAUCGGAAGCCAGUACAUGAACAUUCGCACCUGAGACUGGUUCCCAUCGGGCCUGCUCCCUGCCUACAGAUCCUCUGUCCACCUGGAUCUCACCUGUCAUCCAAAAUAAAAAACAUCAGCACCCGUUA